GGGGAGUGCCUGUGUGACUGAGGGACACGUCCAAGCCGUAGUCAGCUCUGUGGAUGUGGACACCUGGCAGAGCCAUGAGUCUGGGUCAUCCAAACAUAUGUGGGGUACAGGGGCCAGAUGGAGCCCUCUUGUCAUUUUUGUUAUCUGACGGUAAUUAUGAAGUCCAGAAAGAGAAUUGGAAACGCUGGCAGUUUAACUAAAGCUGGAUGGCAAGAGAGGGACAUUUGGAGGCUCCCUACCUGCCUUCACUCCCCGUCCUGCCGCCCAGGCAGGAUAUCAGAUGAGGAGACGUUGAGCUCACAGAACACCCCAUGAGAAGUCUUACAGCAUCAGAGGCUGUCUGCCAAUGCGCCUGCGAUGGCUUAUAGAAACUGCUGCCACCUCGAAUUAACCUCUCUCCCUAGGCAUUGUGCAUCAGUAGGUAACCAGGUCAUUGCUGUGGUCAUGGACCUCUUCACUGAUGGUGAUAUCUUUCAAGACAUUGUGGAUGUUGCCUGUAAGCGCCGGGUCCCAGUGUACAUCAUCCUGGACGAGGCGGGAGUGAAGUAUUUCCUGGAGAUGUGUCAGGACCUGCAGCUCACCGACUUCCGGAUUCGGAACAUCCGUGUCCGCUCUGUGACAGGCGUCGGCUUCUAUAUGCCCAUGGGGAGGAUCAAGGGGACCCUGUCAUCAAGGUUCCUGAUGGUGGAUGGUGACAAAGUGGCCACUGGAUCUUACAGGUUCACCUGGAGUUCCUCCUACGUGGACAGGAACCUCCUCCUGCUCCUGACAGGGCAGAACGUGGAGCCCUUUGACACAGAGUUCCGGGAGCUGUACGCCAUCUCCGAGGAGGUGGACUUGUACCGGCAGCUGGGCCUGGCGGGCAGGAUUGGCCUCCACUACUCCUCCACUGUGGCUCGAAAGCUCAUCAACCCCAAGUACGCCUUGGUGUCAGGCUGCCGCCACCCGCCUGGGGAGAUGAUGCGCUGGGCUGCCCGGCAACAGCGGGAGGCAGGCGGCAACCCGGAGGGGCAGGAGGAUGGUGGCAGCGGUGGCGAGUCAGCCCGGCGCCUGGAGAGCUUCCUGAGAGACCUGGUUACGGUGGAGCAGGUGCUGCCCCCUGUGGAGCCCAUCCCCUUGGGAGAGCUGAGCCGGAAGGAUGGCAAGAUGGUCUCUCACACGCACAGAGACCUAAAGCCCAAAUCCCGAGAGGCACCCAGCCAAAAUGGCAUGGGAGAAGCAGCCCGGGGGGAGGCCGCCCCCGCCAGGCGCUUCAGCAGCAGGCUCUUCAGUCGCCGAGCCAAGAGGCCUACGGCGCCCAACGGCAUGGCCAGCUCCGUCUCCACUGAGACUGUCCCUGAAGUGGAGUUUCUGACAGGGAAGAGGCCCAACGAGAAUUCCAGUGCUGACAUCUCAGGUAAAACAAGUCCCAGUUCUGCCAAGCCCAGCAACUGCGUGAUUUCCUGAGCUGCAGGAUGGUGGUGGGCAGGACGUGUGGAUGUUCGCCUGCCCUGCCCUGUGUCGUGGAGAGCUCAGGUCGCACACUGCACCAGUUUGCACAUCAGACUCCAACUGGCCUCCUGCCUUGCAGCCUCUGUCCUGGUCUCAGGGACCCUGGAUCCCAAAUGAGAGGGUCCGAAGCAUCUCAGUUACACGCCUCCACCAGACUGUCGGUGGCUGGGCAGGGGUCAGUGCCACAGCCUUCUUGUUUACAUGAAGUGGAAGCUUGACCAGUGUCUGCUCGCCUUUGUGCCCCACCCCCUCCGCUGGUCGCCAGAUGGGGUGAGGGCCAUUCUUUAAACCUUAAUGGGAUGGGGUAUCUGGGGCAGCCGCAGUGGCUUCUCCUUUCCCAGGCUUCCUGGUGCUUCUGGUUCCCCCCACUGCUCCCCACCCAAGAGACUGGUGGAAUAAAAGGGAAGAGGGCGGGACCCUGAGCCUGG